AUGCAUGCUGUAAUGGACUAUCAUACACCCGAUCGAAUGAAAAUAGGAGGACUCCUAAACAGCAACUCCAACAGCAGCAGCAGUAACAAUGGCCCAUCAACAUACCCACUACACUCUCGCUACCUUGGUGGUGACGUUGGCAGUGGGCCUGGAAGUGAUGACGAAGGCUCACACAUCACACAACACAACGCCACCAACUCGAGCAACAAACAAGCGCCAACACAAACCAACAACAAUAACAACAGAGAUACAAGGUCCAACACCACAACAAUACAAUCGGCAUUUGAACUACUGAGCAAUGGUGGAAUGGUAACAGCUCCGCCUCGUUUCCAAAUGAGCGGAAACAACAAGGUUCAUGACAGGUCGGCCAACUCGACCCCUCGCGGAGUUGAGGGCAGCCUCUCGCAACAACAACAGUCCAGUCCAACAAUGAGGAGAUCAUCAUCAUUCAAUGAUGUAUCUGCAGAUGACAGCGGGUCUUCCUCGCCAUUACAACAACAACAAAAACCACAUCCCUCCCAUGAGAGGCAAUCUCCUCCCAUGUUUUCCCUGCCACCUUUAAACUACACGUUUCCACAUCCACAGAUAAAGCCUCAGCCACAUCCUCAAUCACAAUCACACUCACAACCUCCAUCCCCUCUAUCGUCUCAAUUAUCACAAUCUCAACAACAACAACAACAACAACAAAAGCCACCCAAAGACCUGGGGACUGCCAUCAGCAACUUCAACUCAAUACUCUUGUCGGAACACUCGGCCAGAUCGCCAUCACCACCAACAUCCCUUCCCCCUCUGCCAAUGAUGGAGGCAGCGGGCAGCACAAAGAGUAUCGAUCACUCACGACACAAAUAUCCCGGCCCCGGUGCGCCGGAUAUGCCCAAAGAGGCCUCUUGGAUGGAGCGCCCAGACCUGCACACCGACGCCGAGGACCCCUUGGUUGUCAACCGUAAGCUGUGGACACCGGAGGAGUGUCUGCAACUCAUGGAGCUGGUCGUCAAGUACGAUCCACAGUCGUACAAGUCAAGAGAGUCGGAGAAUAGAUGGCGCGCUAUCUCCAACAGUCUGGGGCGCACUGUCACUUCCACGCGCAAGAAGUACAUGCGAUUGAUGAACAAGUGGUCGUCCACGACGACUGGCAUGCCUGGCUCGGCAGUUGCCAGUAGCUUUAUAGGCAGUGGUGGUGCCAGUGGAAACAUGAGCGGCGGCGGCGGCAGCAAUAUGAUCGCCAACAUCAGCAGUGGCCACAAUGUGGAGCGCAAGAGGUCAAUUCAUUUGAUGGACGAGCCACAACAACAACAACAACAGCGCAACACAAUGGUUCACUCGGAUAUGCACCAGCACCAACAGUACACACGUUCAUACGGUCCUAUGGACUCAGUGUACACGCCGUCAUCGCCUCCAACGCCACCUCGCCACAGUGUCGUCCCAAGAGAGUACCCUAUCUAUCCACUAUCACCAAGACAGUCCUCACAUCCAUACCACCCCUACCCGGGUCAACCACCAAUGCAAGCAUUGGCUGGACCCGGCUUUCAUCAUCAUCAUCCAUACCGCCAGCCAAACUACAUGCCUCGAAGUGACGCACCUCCAAACCAUCCAUCCUACAACAAAAUGCCACCAUCAUCCGUAUCACCGCUGCUGUCAUCCUCAUCAUCGCCCACCUCUGGUUUGCAAGAAGAUUGGCGGUCGCCCUCAUCCAAGUUCCUGUCCGGCUAUGAGUCCUCGUCGCCACACCUGCCGCCCCAUCAUCAACCACAUCCACCUCCUUUCCAUCACGGCAACAGUACUAGUACUAGCGGUAGUGGCGGUAGUAACUCUGGUUCGAUACCACCUCUGGGCAGAUACAAGAGUAACUGA